AUGUUUUUAACCGUUGCUCUAAUAUCUAUUAUUAUUUGUCUUAUUACUGUCUACUUAUGGACAAUUAACAGUCGUUAUAAUUAUUUCAAACGUCUUGGUAUAUCAGGACCUCCACAUCGUUUCUUUUUUGGUCAUUACAAAAUAUUAUGGUCCUUAAAAUCAUUAUCAAAACAACUACAAGAAUGGACUCGUCAAUAUGGUUCUAUUUAUGGAUUAUUCAUUGGCACGACACCAAUGUAUGUUGUUUCCAAUGUUGAUUUUCUUCAAGAAGUUUAUAUCAAACAAUUUUCAUCAUUUCAUUCGCGUGAUACACCAAAAAGUACACGUAGAGAAAACGAUGCAAGUAUUCAUCUUUUUCAAGCUACUGGAGCAGGAUGGCGUCGUCAACGAUAUAUUAUUAAUCCAACAUUUUCAUCGGCUAAGCUUAAAUUAAUGUCUCCUCUAGUCAAUGGAUGCAUCGAAGCUAUGUUAAACAAAUUAGCACAAAUAAGGAAUAAUGAACAACAUCAGGAAAUCAACAUUUAUGAGUUAUACAAACGAUUGACUAUGGAUGUUAUCUGUCGUUGUGCAUUUGGUAUUGAUACUGAUAUGCAAAAUGAUCUAAAUAAUCCAUAUUUACAAAAGUCUGAUGAAGUUUUCAAGACAGAUAUUAAUGAAUUAUUACUUGUUCGAUUGGUCAAAAUGAUGCCAUUUUUGAAAAAUUAUAUUGAGGAAUUUCCACAUAUAUGGUUAAUGAAUCGUGUACAAGAUGUAGUUGAUUUGCGAAUGAAAUCUUCAACUAAUAUGAAAAAGCGUGUAGAUUUAUUACAACUUAUGAUAGAUGCUUUGACUAAUGAUAAUUUAAUGGAUCAAGCUGAUGAUCAUAUGAUAUCAAAAGUAUUACGAUCAGAGGAACUAGUACCAAAUAUUUUCCUUUUUAUGGUAGCUGGUUAUGAAACAACAUCAACAGCACUUGCUUAUUCAACAUAUGUAUUAGCUACUAGACCAGAAAUUCAAGAUAAACUUAUUGAAGAAAUUAAUCAACAUACUUGGAAUAAUAAAAAUAUUGAAGAAGAUUAUGAAACAGCUAUUAAUCUUUCAUAUCUCGAUCUAUUUGUACGAGAAGUUCUUCGAAUGUAUCCUAUAACUGUUAAAGCAAUGACCCGUAAAUGUAAUACAACUACGACUGUUUGUGGCCAUAUGAUUGAAAAAGGUUGUAUUAUUCAACCAGAUAUACUUACUAUUCAUAAUAAUCCAGAUCUAUGGGGUCCGGAAGAUCCAAAUCUUUUCAUACCCGAACGACAUACAGUAAAACGUCAUCCUAUUGCUUGGAUGCCAUUUGGUGUUGGUCCCAGAAAUUGUAUUGGUAUGAGAUUUGCACUAAUGGAGUUGAAAAUGUGUUUAAUUCAAUUACUUCAACAAUAUCGAAUAUUACCUUGCGAUAAAACUGAAGAAGGAUUCAAGCAACAAGAAAAAUUUGUUAUUCAACCUCAUGCUAUAUUUGUUAAACUAGAAACACGCUCAUCAUCAGCAUAA